UCUCACAACCCGGCCCUUACACGGGACGCCGGCCGCCCGGCAACGGGAUGGCGUCAGCUCCGGGGCGGGCCCGGAAGAGGCGGUUGUUAUGUUGAGCCGCCAUGGUGUGCGAGAAGUGUGAGAGGAAGCUGGGCACGGUGAUCACUCCUGAUACCUGGAAGGAUGGGGCGAGAAACACCACAGAAAGCGGUGGCCGAAAGCUGAACGAAAACAAGGCAUUGACCUCAAAGAAAGCAAGGUUUGAUCCUUAUGGAAAGAACAAAUUUGCAAUAUGUCGAAUUUGUAAGAGUUCUGUCCAUCAGCCUGGGUCUCACUACUGUCAAGGAUGUGCCUAUAAAAAAGGCAUCUGCUCAAUGUGUGGCAAGAAGGUGUUGGAUACGAAGAACUACAAGCAAACUUCUGUCUGAUUACACUGAUCAGUUUUUCAUGAACUUCUGACUUCUGCAUCUUUGUACAUUUACCUUUGUCCAAUAUUGUUGAUGAAUAUUACUUCCUGGAAGAUAAUACACUUACUUGGGAUGAGUUUAGGGGAGAAGACAGCCUGGUUGUUUCUGUAGAAACGAACACGGUAUUUGAUUUUUGUUGUUGUGGCACUAACAUUAAUAUUUAAGGGGUAAUGGUUUGUAGCAGCUGAUACAGCUCAUAGUGAUAGGUUGAAACUAUGCUACUAUCAUAUCAGAUCCUUGAGGUUAGCACUUACUGUUCUGUUGUGCUGUCUUGAAUCUUCUGCUUGUGUGGUGGUAAUACUUAAUGGAUGCAUAAAAUAUGAGCUUAUAUCACAUCUUUAAAAUACCAUCAUUAAUUAGUUCUGUGCUUACAGGUAUUUAUAUUUUUGCUCAUCCCUAACUAUUAUGUCCUGCACUUUGAAGUGCUGCUUUUCAGAGCUUAAUUCCAUUGUUCUGACCCAACAGUAGUGUCUGUUGAAUCGAAAGCUGUUAAACUACUGAAAUGCAGUGUAUUGCUGCAAAAGUAAGAACUGGCAGAGUAAGAUUGAUUAGCUAUUCCCUUGUCAAAUCCCAAGCAGAUUUUGCAUACAGCAUCUGGUGGCCCAAGGCAAUAAAAUAAUGAGCAUCACUUUCUCAUGCCAGGUCUCAGUCUCCUUAUUUCCUAAGUUGGUGUGGUUUCUAAACGCUUGUUUUGAAACUGGCUCUUCAAUUCUGUGAUGUAUAAUUGUUUAUAUAAAUGUCAGAUUGAAAGAUCAAAACAGACUGCCUUCCCUUUAGCACUGUUUGGAGAUAAGACUGAGGCAAGCACCUGUGAACAUGUGAGGCUGCAUUUCUUUCAUCCUUUUGUGAAUUCUGUGUAAGAAAGUAAUUUCUCCUACAAAGAAUAAUGACUUGAAUUCAUGAUAGGAUUUUAACUAGACCUUUUUGUUUAUUCCUCUUGCCAUCUAUUCUUAGCAAAUUCUUACAGUUUUGCAACUUAUUUUCAACCAUAAUGGAGAAAAUAUCAAUAGGAAUUUCCCUGUGAAUAGAUUUUCUAGUUAAAAUUUCAUUUUGUUCUCUUAUCUACUACAACUGCAUAUUGAUUAAGCAGAUUAAGCAGUCACUGUUCUUUCUCUGUGUUAAUGUGAAAAACUGAACAGAAAGUGCAUGGAAUAGCUCCUGUACAGUAACACCAAUUCUGAUGUACAUCACUGUGGCACCCUUGUACAGAUGAAAAAAUGUCUAUAAUGGACCUCAUGCUUUGCAGCAAGUGCUUCUCAGUACAAUUGUAAAAACAUGUCAACCAUUUGACAAACAAAUUAUGAGGUGAAGACCAAGUAGUUAACAUUACGUAUGGAUCGUUGUCCUAUGUAACAACAAUUCUGUAAUGCACAGAUCUUGGCAACCAUCAAGAGGCUCAGAUGAGAUCAUGGUUAGUGCUGAGUGUAUGUUCUACAGAAUAUAUUUCCUGUCAUGCUGGAAACAAUAAUUUGUGGUGAGGCGACCGAAUUUGGUUACUGCCUGCUGGAUUUACGUAAGGCAGUUGUGCUGAAGGGUCUCACUUGACAGUACUUGUUUACUGCCUCUUUUUUGUCCUCUGCAGCUGUAUUUUCUGUGCAAUUGGUAUGACUUACUGCACUGGCAGUACUGCAUUAAAGAUAUGAAGACCAUUACAAGUGAAGGUUGUAAAUCAAGUAAUUCUAAUCAUGUGAAGGGAUUAACUGGGGGGAUGUAACUGGACAUCUAGGCAAGUCACUUCUUGUGGUAGGUGUGGUAUUUUAAACAAUUGCAAAAACUCCCACAUUUACAGAAGGAAAUCUAAAAAUCAUAGGUAAAAUGGUUUGGGGAUUUUUAAGGUACUCUGUAAGUCAUAGGAGUUACUGUGGUUUUCUUAGAAGAUAAAGUGUGUGUGUGUAUAUAUAUAUAUAUAUAUAUAUAUAUAUAUAUAUAUUACUUUUUUUUCUCCUCCCUUAAUUGAGUUAGACAAUUUUCAUCAACUUAACUUUCCAACUUAGCCUUCACCUUCAGCUUUUUGAUCAGACUUAUUAGAGAUGAUUUCAAGUGAAAGAUCCUCUGACAUUCUGCAAACUCUUCAUUCUUUGUGUAUUUGUUCUGUAAGAUUAGUUUUCCCAUUCUGUAUAAAAGUUUUUCUUGCCUUCCUAAUGUUUUCCAGCAUCUUUAUUUCAAAAAUAUGACUGUAAUUCUUGAAUGCAUUGUAUCAGUUCAGGGUUAUUUCAUGCUGUAAAUACUGGUAUUCAGUAAAUGUGUACUGCA